GUCGCGUUCUCUCGCAGCUGAUCUUCCUCGACACUAGGGCAUUUCUCUCCGCCGAACUAGGCCAUAUGAUCUUUGGUAUCUUGAAAUUCUACAUCUUUUUGGUGAUUCUAGCUCGUGCGCUUUUUCAAUACACAAUCUUCUUGAAGCUGGGAAGGCUUAUGGUUUGGCUGCUGGGUCCUGGUUGGCUCCUUAUGCUAUGUGUCGAACAUGGGAAACGAUUAUCAACACUAGCAAAGAACAAUAUGAUCAUGAAAAACGCAAACAAAGGUUUCCCAUGGUUCUAUAUAUUGUUUCAGGUGAUAAAGAUGGGGAACAAGGUGGAGCUCCAGUUGUUUGCAUUGAGGUUGCUGCUAGACUUUGUCAUGAUUUUAACAAAGGGCAACAAGAUUGGACACCUAUACUACUUCUGGUGCCUUUGGUUCUUGGUUUAGAAAAAAUCAACCCCAGGUAUAUUCCUUUGCUGUGGGAAACGUUUGCAUUUCCACAAUGCCUCGGCAUCUUAGGUGGUAAACCUGGUGCCUCAACCUAUACUGUUGGUGUGCAAGAUGAGAAGGCACUCUACUUGGACCCUCAUGAAGUUCAGUCGGCUGUUGAUAUCAAGAUGGAUGACCAGGAAGCUGAUUGCUCUUCAUACCACUGCAGAUGAUUUCGAAGAUUCUGUUCGCAUUCCACCCAGCUUGCAGACAAGUCAAGUGGAGCACCUUUGUAUUGUAUUCCACCCAGCUUCUAAAGAGCUAGGUUUCACAGAUCCAUCUAAUUUAUUCUCAAGUGUUUUAAUUGUAUUCCCCUCUAUUUUUACCUUUUCAUUUAUUCUCUGUAAAUUAUUAACUGAUAUCCUUGUACAUAGAACAGAAUGAUGAUCCAUUGCUGAACCUAAACCAAGCAAUAAUGUUGUUGAUGGCUUAA